UAUGCGACGCACAUGUCGAGGUGAAAGUGCAAGCUGCCAUUUUUUCGAAGGAACCUUCCUGACUAGUUAGACAAGCAAAGACAAACUGUGAGUUUUACCGCCGGCCUUGAGCAGUUUGGUUUCUUCUGUCGGCGCACUAAAGACAUAUUCUGCACGAAUAUUACAGGAGCUUCUUUGUUCUAAUCCCGGGUUAGGGCGCAGGUUUAGCUCAGCUCAGGGCUGCACUGCUCUGCAGAUAGCUUCUUAGCUCUGCUAGCUAACGUUAGCCGUGGCUGUAAACAAACACCACAGACAGAAAACAAACAGCCGCUGAGAAACGAGCUCCCACCGUGCAGGUCGGAGCGCAGUGGCUUUAGAGCGGGUCGGGGUCAGUCGGGUUCACAGGGGGAAAGCACACCUACACCGGCAUGUCGUCCUUCUCUGAGUCGGCCCUGGAGAAGAAGCUGACGGAGCUGAGCAGCUCGCAGCAGAGCGUCCAGACUCUGUCCCUGUGGAUCAUCCACCACCGCAAACACUCAGCGCUCAUCGUCAAAGUGUGGCACAGAGAGCUGAAGAAAGCUAAAAGCACCAGGAAGCUGACGUUCCUAUAUCUGGCCAAUGAUGUCAUCCAGAACAGCAAGAAGAAAGGACCCGAGUUCACAAAAGACUUUGAGACCGUCCUCGUUGAUGCCUGCUCACACGUCGCCAGUGAGGGAGAUGACAACUGUAAGAAGCACAUGGAGAGACUGCUAAACAUCUGGAAGGAGAGGAGCCUCUACAGAGCCGACUUCAUUCAACAACUCAAACUAGCCAUUGAAGACUCAAACAGCCCCAGGCCUUCAGUCGAAGAAAAGAAGCCUGUGAAAAGAAGCUAUCAGAAGAUCCAGGAAGAAGAAGACGAUGAAGACGAUGACUACAGAAGCCAUAACUCCCCUCGCAACACAAGCGCCACUGCCACUCAACUGACAGAGGAGCUGGUGAAGGCCCUGCAGGACUUGGAAAAUGCUGCAUCGGGCGACGCAGCUGUUCGUCAGAAGAUUGCCUCGUUACCACAGGAAGUCCAGGACGUCUCCCUGCUGGAGAAAAUCACUGACAAGGAUGCAGCAGACAAGCUGUCGAAGACGGUGGAUGAAGCGUGUUUGCUGUUGGCGGAGUACAAUGGCCGACUGGCUGCAGAACUGGAGGACCGGAGGCAGCUGGCUCGCAUGCUGACUGAAUACAUCGGCAGCCAGAGGGAGGCGCUUAUGGAGAGAGAGAAGAAGCUAGAGGAGUACAAGCAGAAACUGGCGAGGGUGACCCAGGUUAGGAAAGAGCUGAAGUCCCAUAUCCAGAGUCUCCCCGAUCUGUCCCUCCUACCCAACGUGACAGGGGGUCUGGCCCCACUCCCCUCGGCCGGAGACCUCUUCUCCACCGACUGAGCUGUCUUUGCCCAGACAUACGGUCCCCCUGCCCCUCCCCGCCCAAACCCUGCUCCAUGUUUGAUUCACAAAAUACUUCUAGCUGUGCCUCCGGCCAGAGGACACACACGGCGGGACCUGCAGGACAAGAAGGGACAUCAUAAGGAAGGUUUGGUGAAAUCAGAAUGCUCUGCAGAGGAGAACAGAGACUCUGUCAGCCUGGAUUUUUUUUCCAGCUCAAUGGACAAGGAUUCCACUCCACCAGCUUGGAACGAGUUUGUUUCCUGUUUGUUUUUAUUUUAUGUUUUAAUGCCGGAAAUGUCGGUGAGCUAAGAGGAGGGGUGGGCUAAAGAAGCAAAGCUUAGACGGACAUAAAUGUUGGUUGUCAGGACAUGUCAAUCAGAGUGUCUUUGUGUGGUAUAUUUUGGAUUCAGUGAGCAUUUGAGUGCUAUCUGCUCUCACAAUGCUCAGCAGUUGUGACUACACUGUGACGAGAAUGUACCAUUGAUUAGUUUUAUUUUGGGGGGUUUCCGUUGGGGGCUUUUUAUUGACACAUAGUCUGAUAGGUGGUUUUGAGGCGUGUGUGUGUAUAACUAGAGAAGACAUGAGAUUGGAUUCAGUGUAUGUUAUGUUUUGUUGCCUCAUGAACGCUUGUGGUCGACAGCUGUCACUUGGUACUCAUUUCAGUUACACUUCAGAGAGACUGUUUAAACAUGUUUUUUGGGACAGUUGGAUCAUCGCAGUUUAAAGUCAGAAGAAGAGUAAGCAUUUCUUUAUUUAAAAUAACACUUUGAGUCGAUGUGCCCUUUCGUUGUCAUGUCUUUAUUUUGACAGAUGGCAAGGCUAAUUAUGUGUUCUAGACAAGGUUUUAGUUUAACAAAACCAAUCCUGGAAGUUGGAGAAUUUGAAUCAAAACAGAGUUUGCUUUUCAAUAAAAAAAACAAUGUAUGAUACCCUAAAACUCAUAAAUUCGAUAUUUUAUUAGCGGUCCAAAAAGGUGAGACAAAUGUAAGUGUUGAAGACCAUGAAGUUUUAAUGUGUGUAGAACUGGGAAAUAUGAAAACAGUGGAAUAGAUUAGAUCAAGCCCUUUACUGAUAUUGACAUGUAUCACUACAUGCGUUUUGGUAUUUGGUCAUUUGAAGCCAUUUCUCAAGUAUUAAAGGAGACAUUUUAUGCUCAUUUUUCAGUUCUUAAUUUUAUUUGGUUACUACUAGAAAAGGUUUACAGGAUUUAAUAGUCAUAAAACCCGUCAGUUUUGUCAUUCUGUCCAGUGCUGCAGCACUGUAUUCACCCUCUGUCUGAAACACUUGUCUCUUUUAAGACCCCGCUCGCAAAAACCCACUCUCCUCUGAUUGAUCAGCUCUCACACGCCUGAGCCAGCACUCCUAAAAUCCUAUCUUAUGUGUCAAACUAGCCGCUAAUCAUAAGUUAUGCAAAUGUGCGAUGUGGUGAUGUAGUGGGAUGUCACAAGAGAUGGGACUACUGACAAGGUGUUUUGUGUGGGAAAGAGGAGCUUCUGUUUGUUGCAGGCUUUGACUUUUUUAACUUUCAAGACCUUUCACACGAAUCUGUAUAACACUGAGGGAAAGGAAAAGAAAAACCAAAAAAGCACAAUACGUCUCCUUUUUAAAGAGAAUUUAAUUCAGCGAUUAAGAAUUUUUUGUUCCCACAAUGAUGUUAAAAGGAUGAUAUUGUUCAGUCCUACCUGAGAGUAGAUGUCUAGUGAUAAAAUGUUUUUAUUAAAAGGAAGCAGCCACAGAUUGACAUCUGCAGUCCCUUUCCUUUUGUAAGAUGAGCUGAUGAUCGUAAAUUCCGUUACUGAGAUAUCAAGGUCGAGAAGUGUGAGCUAGUCCCAGAAUCAUUAUUGGUUCAACAGUAGGUUUUAUGAACAGUUCGCUAUCAAGGCCACAGCUGUUUGAUUUUAAGUUGUCUGUAUGCAGAAAGAAGAACUCAUUUGGGAAGUUUCAUGAUCAAAGGUCAGACAUGUUUACUUGGAUCACGGCUCCUGCAGCUGGGAUGUUUUCUAACGCUGAAGAAGAUCACAGUUGCUGUAACUUUCCUGUUGAUGCAACAAGCUCGGGUGAGAAAUGCUGCUGCAAAUCCUUUUCAGUACAUGCGUUGGUGUCACGUGGCAAAAUAUCAGGCAAAGAGCAUGAAUCACAGAUUUUAGUCUGAUCCUUACAGUCACUGAAUGCAGCCACUGGAAGGAUUUCAGAAACAAUUGCCCCAGGUGUGCUUCACUGUAGAUACUACAGUAGUUCUAGUUUUCUUACCUUCUUGCUUUGUGGUAUGUUUCUCUCUGCAGAGUCAAACUGUAGUGCCAGGAUUCUACCAGUAAGGGAAGUGUUUUUCUAUAAUGAAAGUGAUUCAGUGGAUGCCAAUAAACUGCAACCAUUCGAA